GCGGUUUCAUAUUUUAUUUUAUGCGCAACAACUUAACUCCAUUUUUGUCUAUAAAUAACCAAAUAAUAUUUACAAACAAUAACAAAAAAACGUCAGAAGUAUAUAUAGUCUUCAUAAAUAUUCUAUUAUUUGUUGAAUAUUUUAAUUACACGUUAAUUGUAAUCAUUAAAUGGUGUGUAUGUUUAAGCAAAAUAUAUUUGUGAAGUUUUUCAUCUCCCUUCUUGCUCAAUUGUUUCUCUAAUAGAGAAAGACACUAUACAGAAACUAUAUUUUUUUGGCAAUUCUUUGUUUUUUUUUUUUUUAAUUUAUCAAUAUGGAAAAUCAUAAUGACGGACAAGAAAAAGACAAUAAUCCGAAUGAAGAAAAGCCUGGUCCAUCUUCAGAAAUUUCCGAAUCACAAGCGGAGUCAGAAGAUUCAGGAAUGGAAAAAAUACGCAAAUAUUUACUUCAAAAAUUAAAGCUUUAUGACUCGGAUAGUGAACAAGAGUCAACUUCAGUUCUUAAAGAAUUAACAAUAGAUGGUAUUGUAGAUUACAUAAAAGAGAAUCCAAAUUGUAAAAUUAUUACAAUGGCUGGAGCUGGUAUUUCCACGUCUGCAGGAAUUCCAGAUUUUCGUUCACCCUCAAGCGGACUUUAUCAUAAUUUAGAAAAAUAUAAUUUACCAUAUCCACAAGCAGUUUUUGAAAUAGAUUAUUUUAUGAAGAAUCCAGAACCAUUUUUUACCCUUGCAAAACAAUUGUUACCAGAAGGAUUUAAACCUACACCAUGUCAUUAUUUUAUUCGUCUUUUACACGAAAAAGGUUUAUUAUUGCGUCAUUAUACGCAAAAUAUUGAUACAUUAGAAAGAAUUGCAGGUUUACCGACGAACAAAUUAAUAGAAGCUCAUGGAACAUUUCAUACUGGUCAUUGUAUUAAAUGUAAAGCACCAUAUACACUUGAAUGGAUGAAAGAUAAAAUAUUGGAAAGUGUAAUACCAAAAUGUGAACAAUGUGAAAAAGGUGUAGUAAAACCUGACGUUGUAUUUUUUGGUGAAAUGUUACCUGAACGUUUUCAUCAUUUCUCUGAAAGAGAUUUUUCACUUGCUGAUCUUUUAAUUAUCAUGGGAUCAAGUUUGGUUGUACAACCUUUUGCCUUUCUAGUUGACAGAGUAAGGCCUUCCUGUCCUCGUCUUCUUAUAAAUAAAGAAAAAGUUGGUAUGCAGGAUCGUUUAUCCAGAUUUUUAGGUUUAAAUCAAGGUUUAAUGUUUGACUCGAAAAAUUCCAAUUCCGGACGAGAUGUUGCUUGGUUAGGUGAAUGUGAUACAGGUUGUCAGUUACUAGCUGAUAAACUUGGUUGGGGUGAGGAAUUGAAAGAAUUGAUAAAACGAGAACAUGAACGUCUAGAUGCAGAAAGAUCAAUUGUUAAUAAUUCAUAAAAAUAUUGUAUAAAUAUGCGCAUUGUGGGAAAAAUAAACUCAGUCUUUCAAAUUUAUUAUCAAA